UUGUCAUUUGCACCUCAUCGUGAAACAGACAAAAUCGCGUGGUCGAUAACGACAGCGCACAUUGUGAGCUCGACGCGAAGAUGAAGCGAAUCGUGAUAUUUGGCAGCACCGGGCCCACCGGCCUCUGCUGUGUGAGGACCGCUUUGGAAAAAGGUCUAGAAGUGAGAGCUUUUACAAGAGACAAGACUAAAAUCCCCGAGGAUCUUAGAGAUAAAAUCGAAAUCGUUGUAGGACAUGUCACUAACGCGAAAGAUGUUGCAAAGGCGGUAGCUGGUCGAGAUGCGGUAAUAGUUACACUUGGUUACGGGACCAAUUUGGGCCCUAAUACCGAGCUAUCCAAAGGCAUGCAAAAUAUAAUAGAUUCUAUGAAAGCGCAUAAGGUUGAGCUGAUCUCCGCAUGUCUAUCAAUGUUGUUGUUCAAUUUGGAGACAGUACCUUUUAGAUAUAAAUAUUUGACCGAAGAACAUCAGCGCAUGUUCGAAAUAAUCAAAUCGAGUGGUUCAAAGUGGGUGGUAAUAUGUCCACCAUAUAUUGUAGAUAAACCAAAGUCUAACUACAUUAUUGCAAUCAAUUGUUCAGCUUGGCGAGCAAUUUCUAAAUACGACUUGGGUGAAUUUCUCAUUAAAUGUCUCGAGAAUCCCGAUUAUUAUCAAAAGAUGUUAGGCAUCGCAAAUACGUCAUAAUACGAGAAGGAAUAUAAGCUAAGGAGUUUGGAUAGAAAAAAGCGGAUAUACUAAACAGAGUUUUCUAUCACAAUGAGAAGGAUGACAAAAUAUUGGAAAUAAAUAGCGGAGCAUGGUCUAACAAGAAAAAUUGCAUCAAGAAGCUAAAGAUGUGUCUACCUGCUGAUCUUCCAUAAAUUAGAAUUAUAAUAGUAUUAUAGUAGAGGAAGGACGGCAUUCGAGGAAUAUAGUUGCUAGUUUCCAUGAUUACCCCCUGCUAUUCCACAAACCUAUCUGUUUUUCCCUCUUCAGAAAAUUUUAAAGUAAACGUUGAUUGUUCUAUAUAUCCAAUGAAUUUCGACCUAUGGAGUGAUUGGUAGAACUGUAUGACUAAUAAAUUGCCGUUA